GUAAAAAAUCUCUUGAAUAAUUUUGGUUUUUAAUUAAUAUAAUAUAUAUAAAUUAUUAUUAGGAUUGACAUAAUAUAAUAAUAUAUGGAGUAGUUAUUAUUACUACUCCCUACUACAACAGUACAACUUGUGUUACUGCUGGGCGUCAAACGGUCAAAGUGUAACUAGGAAACGGCGGAAAGAAUGAAAUUUAAUCUCAACCGUUAUUUAACUAUAGCUCAGCCCAACACCGUCAGAUCAAACACCUUCGCUCCUUUCCAAACCCAAAACCCUAGCAGACCCCGAGCCCACCACCACUAUAUAUAAAGCAGAACAACUCCACCUCCAUCUCCAGUGUGGCCGGCUCCGAAGAAACCCUAAUCUCUGGGGAAGAACCGGUUAGAAGCAAGCAGCCAUGGCGAUUCCUUUGCUCUCGAAGAAGAUCGUGAAGAAGAGGGUCAAGAAGUUUAAGAGGCCCCAGAGCGACCGCAAAAUCUCCGUCAAGGAAAGUUGGCGUAGACCAAAGGGUAUUGACUCCAGAGUCAGGAGAAAGUUCAAGGGAUGCGUUCUGAUGCCAAAUAUUGGAUAUGGAUCUGACAAGAAGACCCGCCACUAUCUCCCCAAUGGCUUCAAGAAAUUUGUUGUGCACAAUGUUGCCGAUCUUGAAUUAUUGAUGAUGCACAACAGGACCUACUGUGCUGAGAUUGCACACAAUGUCUCUACAAAGAAGAGGAAGGAGAUCGUGGAGCGAGCUGCCCAGCUUGAUGUUGUAGUGACUAACAAGCUUGCUAGGUUGCGCAGCCAGGAGGAUGAAUAAGCCUUUGAAGAGUGCUUAUAGUGUUUUUAUCUUGAGGAAAACUUGGCUGUCCUUUUUGCCCUUUGAUCAUUUGAGCCAGUAUUAUCUUGUUUUUAACAUUGUAAUUUUGGUAUAUGAGGGUUUGAAACCAUUCGAUAAUGUUACAUGUAGACAGAGAUUAACAGUAUGGUUUUUGGAGAAUUUAUUUUGUUUAUUGUGUUUUAUAUUAUUCUUCUCGUGGACGUAGACAUGUACAUCAGCCAAUUUACAUAUAUUGUGAAAAGUGAAAACAUGUUAGCCUUAGUGAUCAAUAAUUUCAAAAUUAGCUUGAUUUCAAACAUAUCUUUACUAGUCUGGAUUUUUUUGUACUUUUUGUUUCCUCAUAAUGUGUACUAAAUCAACUUAGAUUUGUCAUUUAGAUUUUAGAUUUUUAAGUUUGUCAAUUUGUAAUAUGAUUCCUAUGACAACGAACAACAGGGG